AGCGAAGGUUCCUGUCUUAUAUCACCCAGUUGGUUUGUGAUGUUAUUGAAUCGACAUUUGUCCGCUGGAGAUUUGCUGCUGAUCCAGAAGCGACAGAGACGAUGAGACUGCUGUGGAGAACCCUCAGGUUACACCGAGCGCCUGUAAGGAGAGCGUCCUCAGUCCCUGCAGGUUCGGUGAACUUUGUCCCCGCCUGCAGCACCACUGACGCCCACUCCCGGGACCUGCUGCAGGACUUUGUGUCCCGAGCCGGUCGCCUGUUCGUCAUCACCGGAGCAGGCCUCUCCACAGAGUCGGGCAUCCCUGACUAUCGCUCGGAGGGUGUUGGACUGUACGCCCGCACGAGCAGACGACCCAUGGAGCAUGCAGAGUUUGUCCGCAGCGCAAAAUCACGACAGCGCUACUGGGCCAGGAACUUUGUCGGGUGGCCGCAGUUCUCCUCCCAUCUGCCCAACUCUGCUCACCGGGUUCUGCAGCGGUGGGAGGAGAGCGGGAAGCUGCACUGGCUGGUCACACAAAACGUGGACGCUCUUCACUCAAAGGUCGGCCAGAAAAGACUGACCGAGCUCCAUGGCUGCACCCACAGGGUGAUGUGCCUCGGCUGUGGUGCCAUCUCAGCCAGGGAGGAGCUCCAGAGACGGUUCCUAUCAUUGAACCCAGACUGGGGAGCUCAGGCAGGCGCCUCGGCCCCAGACGGUGACGUCUUCCUGGAGGACGAGCAGGUCCUAAAUUUCCGGGUUCCCUCCUGCGACGAGUGUGGAGGAAUACUGAAGCCUGAGGUCACGUUUUUUGGAGACUCUGUGAAAAAGGGGACGGUGCAGUUUGUACACGACAGACUGGCCGAGUCGGACGCGGUGCUAGUGGCGGGGUCCUCGUUACAGGUAUACUCAGGAUACAGGUUCUUACUGGCAGCAAGCGACAGGAAAAUACCGGUCGCCAUCCUGAACAUCGGACCCACGAGAGCCGACCACCUGGCUGAGCUGAAAGUGAGGGGCCGCUGUGGUGAAGUGCUGACGGUCAUUCAGCCCCACUGACCCUCGAGGACAUCUUGUUUAAAUAUUCUGUAUUCAGGCUGCAAAAACUACAAACUACCUCAGUUAACCAGAUGACAACAAAAUCACCUUGAGGUUGAUGCUCUCAGCUGUUUGAAACUUGUUUUGUGAAAAGGCUAAAGGAGCCAGAGUCGUAUUCACGUCUCUGCUAGAGGUUCAAACUGACGUGAACAAACAUGUUCUGUGCUGUCUUGGGAAUUCAACAUCUCUGCACUCUAUGGAUCUAUAUUUAGUCUCUGGCUACUUAAAGUGAUCUGAUGGUGCUUUCAUUUUGCGAAAUCAACCCGAACUGACCUGUUAUUAAUAAAUAAAUAAUAAACAAGCAA